AUGAGUUUUAGAAUAUCAAUCUCUCCUUAAAGAAAACGUAGCAGCACAGGAAUGCCAUAAUCUGCUCGACCCAUAAAACCAACUCUGAAUUCAACCCUUAUUAAUGUUGUGGAAGAAAUUAAGAACCUGAUGUAAAAUAAUAAAAUAAUAGAAGGAAAUAACUCAAUCCUUAGUUUUAGAACCUUUUAAAUUAAUUAAUCAAAAUAGCAUUUGAUUUAGAAAAAUAAAAUACAAAAUUUUAGAAUGCUCUUCAAUCAUCGAAGGCUUCUAGCAUUUAAAAUGGAGAUUUAAUUCAAAAAGAACCGUCAUCUCAUCAAGAUAGGAAUAAAUCUAAAGACAGUAGUCCAACAAAGAGAGAAUGUUCUGUUAAAAAUAUAGAGAUGACAUCUAGCAGCAGAUUAGAUCCAACUCCAAAAUAAAAGUUUUUAAUUAGAAGAGGUUCUCUAGAUGUAGAUUAAUAAGUAACAAAAGUAAUAGUUAUUUUAAUAUUUAUUAAGGAUCAAUUAAGAAAAAUUAGUUAAGAAGCCAUAGAUCAAAAUUUUAUAAUUAACUUACUAGAUUUUAAGCCAUCUAAUUUAAAAUCUAUGUCUUAUAAAAAAUUUAUUUAGAUCUUUUCACUUAAUGAAAAAGAUUUAUAUUAAUACUUAUAGAAAAUAGAAUAUUAAGGUAUUUAUUAUGUUGUUCAAAUGAUAGAGUAUUUAUUAUAUCUUUUUGAACCACUUAAAUUUGUUAAGGAUUUAUCAGAGAAAUGCAUUAUUUAUAUUGAUAAAUUAAAGAAAAUUAUAAAACUAUCUUUCGAAAUACAAUAGUGUACACCAUCUUAAACUUUUGACAAUUAUCAGAAAUUACUUUUAGAUUUGUUUGAAUGUGAUAGAGCAUAUGUUUAUUUAUAUGAUUCGAAAUUUCAUGUAUUUUGGACUAAAGGAUAAGAUGGUUAAUAAAAAGUGUAUUAUCCAUUCAAAGGCAUAUUAGGAUUUGUAACUAAAUAAGGUCAAAUGUUAAAUAUAAAUGAUGUUUAUUAAGAUGUAAGAUUUGAUUAGGAUUAUGAUUAAAAGUAACAGAAUAAAACAAAAUCAAUGCUUGCUUGUCCAAUAUAUGAAAAAGAUGACAUUAUUGGUGUGAUAAUUAUCUCAUCAAUUUAACAACAAUUUAAAAAAGAUGAUGAACUUUUGAUUUAAAUAAUUUCUCAAUUGGCUGCAAUACAUUUCAAUUAAUAUAUCUUUUAAGAGUAUAAUUCUAAAACUUGUGAAGCUUUAUAAUAAAUCUUGAAGUUUUCGUUAAUUUUAUAAUAAUCUGUUGAUUAAAAAUAAUUUAUAAUUUUAGCACAAUAAAUACUAUCUAAAACAUAUGAAUUAAAAUAAGUAUAGAUUUAUUUUAAAGAUAUGUAAGAUUAAGAAGGUCUUUUCACAUUUGUUGAACAACAAAGAAAAAAAAUACCAAAAACAUGUGGAAUUAUUGGAUAUGUAUAUAAAACAGGAUAAUUCUAUAUUUCUGAUUCUUGUUAUAGAGAUAAAUAUUUUAAUAAAUUAGCUGAUAUUGAAACUAAUCUACCUACUAUAACUAUACCUAUUAAAAAUGAAGAUAAAUGUAUGGGUGCUAUAUAAUAUAUUGACACUAAAGGUAUUGAUAAUAUUAUUGGAAAACAACUAAAGAACUAUUAAUUGUCAAAUUUAGAUUUGAUUCAAAUUUUUGCAGUAAUGCUCAAUUUUGUAAAUAGUAAAUUGAUUAUAUAAAAAUAAUGA